UUGCUGGUCGCAUUCGCUGUUAUCAACUAAUUAUCGACUGACUAUCCACCACCACCAUCAUCAAUCACCACGACGACGACGACGACGACGACAACGGCUCCCGCCCACCACACAUCUAUCACCCCAUACAGUCAGCGGGGGAGAAAAAGCAAAAAUGUCCUCCUUCGUCCCCGUCAACCCCCGGCCCUUCCUCCAAGACCUCGUCAACAAGGACGUGAUCGUCCGCCUAAAGUGGAACGAGACAGAGUACAAGGGGAGAUUAGUCAGCAUCGACUCCUACAUGAACAUCCAGCUUGCCAACACGGAGGAGUUCAUUGAGCAAAAGUUCACGGGCACCCUCGGCCAGGUCCUGAUCCGGUGUAAUAAUGUGCUUUAUGUAAGGGGUGCUGAGGGGGGGGACAAGGGGGGGGAUACGAAGAUGGAGGAGUGAGCGGCGGGCGUGGGCCUGAAGUUUUAAGAUCGAGAGUGGGAUGGAUAGAGAACGCAAUAGGACAUUGACGCGAGGUCGCGAUUGGGGAGGGACUGGAUCUCACAUGGGGGGGGUUAAUACCAACGAGACGAUGACGGCGCAAAACAUUUCUACAUUGCCGCCAGUGUCAUCACGAUAACUUGACUGGCCCAACAGAAGGGGAGGAGGACAUUCUGCGGCGCAAAGAGCAAGUCGGAGAAGGGGGAUGAAGGGCGGCAAAAAAGAAAAAGAAAAAGGCGUUACAUAAAAUCUUCCAUGAUAGAGAUAAAAAAUGGUAAGAGGUUUCUUCGCUGUCUGUCGAUACCUCUCUCUCUCUGCUGACACAAUGGGGCCAAAACCAAAGAGUCAGAUAUCUCAAAGUAGCAAUUCAAAACCGACUUUUUAAAACACCCCUUCUUUUCCCUAGCCUACCAUAUACCCCCUCUACUAUCCAACACAACUACAUCAAACAAGCAACCUUCUUACUACUAUGCAUCUCGCUCGCCCCCACCUUGAUCCUCGUCUGCGGCCCAACCCAGGCGUACACCUCGAUCAGCCACUCAUACCAAACCUUGGUGUCGUCCGUCUGCCUCCACAUGCUAACCUCCAACUCGGCGUCCUGAGGAAAGUACAGCGGUUUCUAAUCGUGCGUCAUGUCAGCAAAACCGUCCUCCCCCCACCUCCCAUUCUCCUUUUGCGAAUGUUACAUACCUUGAGCGGAAAAAAGAUGGGAAACCAACUAAUCAUAUCCUUACUCUUCCUAUCGAUCUGAUCAGGCAAGAUGCUAAUCUCCACCCUUUUCCCCUCCCCCUCCCCCUCCAACUGGCUCUCAUAAAGCGUCGACUCAAAAUACCCCGCCAACCCGUGAGUAACACCCCGCGUAGGGCAAACAAACGUCAAGUGACAGCGCCUGGCAUUAUGCUCGUUCGUCCCAUUACUCCCAUACAUCGCCCCCCCGCCGGGGGUGACAUACUUCCUCCCAAACCCAUACUCAGCAGCAAACUCGUCCGCCCUGUUGACACCAACAGGAUGAACAAACUCCCACGCCUGCUGAAACCUCGGGUGAUUAGGGACCUUUUGCGCGUUGAAAUCCAGCUGAAACAACCUGACAACAUAAGGGAUCUCAAACGCGUGCGGGUCUGACUCACGGGAGGCGAUGUCAGCAAACAGCCUCGGGGUGGAGAUCGGGGAGAGGUGGGCGGUGUAGCUGUGAGGGAUAGACAUCCCGCUCGGUUGAAAGAGAUGGUUCUGGAUGCCAUCCAGACAUUCAGGCGACAGCUCAUUAUCUCCAAACGAACCAAGGAGCUCCGUCACCAGUAUGUCAACUUUGCACGGCGUAGACGACCCCCGGGGAACCGGCCCGCCCCAGCCGCGCAUGUCUGUCUUGACGAGCGUCACCUGCCCGUCCCACUCCCGCUUGUUCUUGUUCAAGAGGUAGACAAACGCGUUCUGGUUCUUCUCCACGGCCCAGAGUUGGAUCUUGGUGUUGGUUGCCUGUGCCGCGCGGAGGACACGAGUAACAAGAGGCCCACGGCCGGCGCCGGCGACAGCGCAGACGAGUUCUGGGUUGUAAGGUUCGCUCUCUGUUCCGAGGGCCGAGGGCUUCUUGAGGAUCUUCCACUCGGCCAUGGCUUCCUUGAUGGCGGCUUCGUACUGGUCGUAUUUGACCGGGUCGCCCUCGAAGACCUCGUAGGUGGCUGACUCGAGGUUGUCGGCGAGGGGCUGGAGGGGGGACUGGAGCCAGUCUUGGAAACUAAUCAAGGCUGGUGUUUCCAUGGCCGUGUAGGGGGGUUGUUGACGCUCGAGGUACUUCAUGUACGAGACGUACUCGUUCAGGCCCGACUUGGGCUUGCGUUCCUGGAGGGCUUUGCUUGCUUCGGCGAGGGAGGGGUACUCGAUCGCUUUGAUGGCACGGGCGGCGCCGAGGUCUUCGGCGUUGGGACCGACGUCAUUCAGGAUGAUCCAGGGGGCGUUCUUGAGACGCAUGUAACGGUUGAUGAGAUCUUGGUGGUGCUUGGUGAGGGUUGGGCUGCCGGCUCGGUUGGACUGAAAGACGGACUGGCCGAUGGUCAAGAAGUGCAAUGGCUCCGAGAACCACCGCUCCUGGAGGUUCUUUUCCGGCACACGGCGAGGAAUGCGGAGGGCGAGGAAUAAUCUGCUCGAGUACUCGCAUACUGAGCGGAUGGUGUGCCAUGAGUCCCAUGAAGUGAAGAUGUCAAUCUCUUUCUUGGGGUCAGCGUCCAUACGGCUCCCGUCAAAGAUAUCCGAGAGCGUCUCGCACUUCUCCUCCAACAGGGGCUCGCGGUACAUGGGCAGGUGAAUGAUCAGGUUAGCCCUUGUCACCUGAAGCAACGCCUCCUGAAUCGCACGGGCAAACUGAGCAACACCACGGCCGCUCUCAUCUUGCCUAGGCCCGGGGAUCACGAUGGUCCUGGCACCGCAGAAGUUGGCAUAGGCGACCUCCAUGUUGAGGACCUGGCGAGAGACGCCCGAGAUGUACGGGUCUGUGGAGCAAAGGUCGAUCCAUGGGCUGGCAUAGGUGAUGAAGGAGCCGAUGUGGUGGCUUGGGUACAGCGAGGUGUCCUCAUCUGUCAGUGUUGGCACGAUGGGUACUGGCAGAGACGGGUUCGUCCUUUGAGCCGGAGCCAGACGGUCGUUCCAUUCUUGCCUCUCCUUGAGAAAUUCCUUGUGCUGGUCGACAACCCUCCGGAAGAAAUGCUGGUUGGUGAUUGGGGCAGUGACAAAGUUGAACUAGACAGUUCGUGUUAGUGUUUGUUUACGCUCGGGAAUCUGCAAGGGAUCUUACUCCACUGUUAAGAACCUGGUUGUACUGGUCGUCGUCGAGGACCUCGCACCGGUCCGAGUCGUGCUGGCCAAUGUAGUAAUGAGGACGGGACUCGUAGUCCUCCGAGGCCGGGUUGAGGGCUCCUGAAUACGACAUGUUGGGGUCGAUUUAUGAGCUUGGGUAGAGUGAGUGUAGCGAUGUGAUAGAGGUGGUAUAUAAAAGCACAUUCAGUUUGGCGGGGCUAACAACCACCGCGGGGUGAUGGGACGGACGUCGAGUCGGACUUGGAGCAAAAGCAGGGGAAAACCCAAACUUGAAUGAUGAUUCAAAGCUGCUCUAUGAUAGGUACAACGGGGCCCCAAAGUGAACUCGGGACUGUGCCACCACGUUUCUUCCCAAUAUGCCGAUUGUCUAGGUGAGCCCGAACCCUGAGAGAAAAUUUGGGUUGCUGUGCUUGGGUCAGGGCAGAAACAGUGUGGAACGCGGGGUGUGAGAUCGGAU